ACUCCCAGAACGCAUUGCGGCUCACUUUCAUCCCCUCCCUUCUUAUAUGAAUGACUAAUACAACGUGUUGUCUGGUUAAUGUGCUGCAACUAUCUGGAGGGUUCUAUUCUUUGGGGGGGGGGGGGUGUCCUCUGUCUUCUCUAACUGCAGUCCCAGAAGAGUUUUGAGUUUCAUCUAGUGGUUCCUAAACCUAAAGCAGCUCCCUUAUCAGGGAGCGGAAGAGCUUGCAAAGUCAUCUGGCUGGUGAAACUUAAAGUAUAUUCCAGUGAUGCAGGGGGAGCAACAGCAGGAGGCAGCUGCAGAACCAGUGCCUUCGCCGGACGGACAAGGAGAUGGACCAAAAGAUGCUUCUGACUUGGCUCCAAAUAUUUCUGAGGCAGCUGCUUUAAAACUGCUUCUGGAGAUGAAGAUGAAGAAGAGACAGAAAAAACCCACCCUUCCAAGCACGGUGACAGAACUCGACACUGAAGAGGGCUCUAAAGUGUACGUGGUUGGCACUGCCCAUUUCAGUGACAGCAGCAAGAGAGAUGUAGUAAAGACAAUACAAGAGGUGCAACCUGAUGUGGUUGUGGUUGAGCUGUGCCAAUACAGAGUUUCUAUGUUAAAAAUGGAUGAAAGGACAUUACUAAAGGAAGCCAAAGAAAUCAAUCUAGAGAAACUUCAGCAAGCUAUAAAGCAGAAUGGACUCAUGUCUGGAUUGAUGCAAAUGCUUCUGCUGAAGGUCUCUGCACAUAUCACAGAACAGCUAGGAAUGGCUCCUGGAGGAGAGUUCAGAGAGGCUUUCAAAGAGGCUAGUAAAGUACCUUUCUGCAAGUUUCAUCUUGGAGACAGACCAAUUCCAGUCACAUUUAAGAGAGCCAUUGCUGCACUUUCUUUCUGGCAAAAAGUCAAACUUGCCUGGGGCCUUUGCUUCCUCUCUGACCCAAUCAGUAAAGAUGAUGUGGAGAAAUGUAAACAAAAGGAUUUGCUUGAGCAAAUGAUGGCAGAAAUGAUUGGAGAAUUUCCUGACCUUCACCGAACAAUAGUUUCUGAAAGAGAUAUUUACUUGACCUACAUGCUGAAGCAAGCGGCAAAGCGAACCGAACUACCUCGCGCCUCUGAAGCUGAACCUAGAAGAUGUGUCCCUUCUGUUGUAGUAGGAGUUGUUGGAAUGGGUCAUGUGCCUGGGAUUGAAAAGAACUGGAACACUGAUUUGAACAUCCAGGAAAUAAUGAGUGUGCCUCCUCCAUCAACUUCAAGUAAGAUCCUCAAGUUUGUCAUAAAGGCCACAGUAUUUGGACUGGUGGGCUACGGCUGCUAUAGGAUGGGACAAAGGACUGUUCAGUUUAUUCUCUCUAUGCCUGUUGCACAGAACUAUCUUCAAAAAGUGGCAGACAUAAAACCACAGCAUUGAAUCUGAAGACUGCAAUUAGUUGGGCAAAAAGCAACAUGUAGAAACUGGGUUGGAAAAGAAUGAUUAAGGACAUCUAUCCCAAAGUCUCAUUUGAUGCCAACUUACAGCAUAACCAGUGGAUUUACAUUAAAUGCUACACCGGCUGUGACUUAAAUGAAUAAGCAUUCACCCACCAUCAUGGUUAAAUGUACAGCAUGAAAAUAAUACAUGCUAGGAUAAGGUACCUGGAAUAUGUAUACACACUAUAUCAUUGUGUAUUUAACAUAUUUAUAAAGAUGAUGAUGUAGUACACAAAAACCCUUGGACACAAUUCACUGGAAACUUCCCACUGAAAUGAUAAGAUCUGUAUUGUACAAGAAUGCAGCUGUUCACUUCAGUGGAAUUGCUGGUGGGUUGUGUCCCUUUUAUCUCUCUCCUUUCUCCCCUUUUCUCCAGAGGAACAGAACAAUGACAUCAUUUGCUAGUUGUGUUCCUGUUAGAAAGCACAGUGCUCAUAAAGCUGUGUGUGUGUGUUUCAGUAGAAGGAAUACCAAGCUAUCCUUCAUGGUGCCACGUACCACUUCUUACAGAAAGACUUUUAUACUUUUAGUGGCUUUUUAAAAACUGCAGAAGCUUUUGAAAAUAUAAGAAAUAUGUUGGCUGUUUGAUAAACCUCUAAAUAUCUUAUACAAGCCUUACUGAAUAAAAAAGUUGCCUUUAGUAUUGUACAUAAUGGACACAAUCCAGCCAAAGUUAUGCACUUUAAAAUCUCAUCAUUGUCAAUGGGAUGUUUAUACCAAUGUGUAAUCAAAGGGAUUGAGGUCCAAAGGUUUUAAGGUGCUUAGCUCUGGCUGGAUCGUGUCUCUUUGUUUAGGCAUCCAACAAUUUCUUUUUCUCUUUCUUUAAAAAAGGUUGAGCUGCAGUCUCUCUCUCUCUCUCUCUCUCUCUCCCUCCCUCCCCCUCUCUCUCCUUUUUAGUUGCUGUUGGAAAAUUCCAGUGUUUACAGGGCACAGAGUUCCUCUGGAUUAGAUUGUUUUAUUCUUUUUGGUAAACCAAAUCCUCUGUUGGCAUGGAUUUCAUUACUGCAAAAUUGUUGGGACUCUUAUGUCCUUUACUGUUGAUUCGUUGCUUCUCCUUUAUAGAAAAAUAAAUCUGGAACUGAUGUGUACAUAAUAUUUAUCCUUCAUUUCCUGGAUGCCAUGCAAGUUGUUGAUCACAAUUCCAGUGGAAUGUAAUAAAAUACUGAUUUUUAAACAAAAAUCAGUGGAAUGUUAAUGGAGAUAUCAAGAAUCAGUAUUUUUUAAACUGCCUGGGGUUUUGUUUGUGUAGCUUUAUGGAUACUUUUCAACUAUUAGAACUUUUCUUAACAUCUAGAUGCUUUUUAAAAACUUCUGUCAUGUAUGUUUUGUACUUGUUUAUAUGCCCUUAAGAUUGCCUUUAGUGCAUGUUAAUUGUUGCCUUCCCAACACAAUUAUCAUACAAUUAUGACUACUAAUCUGUAGGUGUGUGCAUGAAUGUUUCGGUGCGGCAGGCAGCAGUACCUUUAAGCAUGAGUAAAGCAGGUCCUUACCUGCUCCUCCGCUGCCUUGCCACUUUCCCCAAGUGCAGUGCUGUGCCACUCAGAUGUCCAUGCGUGCCCAUGGGGCGUCACCCAGAAGCCUGUGCACUGCAGGAUGCACAUGGCCACAGCGCAAGCUGGGCCAAAGCAGCAGAACGGUGUAGGAGCAGGUAAGGACCUGCUUUACUCAUGCUUAAAGGUACUGCUCCCUGCCCCACCGAAACGAUUUGACAGGCUGUGCCAAAUCGAUUCGUGCACAUCCCUACCAAUCUGUCCUAUGAAAAUUGCUUUCGGUCUCUUUAAAAUGCAAUUGCCCAUUUGCUUUUAAAAAAAUAAAUAAAGGUCAAUUUCUGACUUUAGUCCGCUUCUGUCCGCACCCCAACACCCAUCAUUUUGGGGAAAUGAGGUUAGGCCACUGAAAAGAACUGAAAACAUUCUAAGAUUCACCACCUGAUUACAUAUUUAGCAAAGCAAAUAUGAGGGUCUCAUCUCCAAAGCCUUAAAUAUGAGAAAUUAAUACUAGUGCUGCCUGUCUCUCUGAAAACUCAUGUGCAUGUUUUUCAACAUGGACACAAUUCAGUACAGGUAAGUGCACUUGGAUCCUGUUGAAUUAGGGAGGAUUAAUUGUGUCCAAUUGUGUCCAAUUGUGUAAUGAAUUGGUUUUGGUUCUUUCCUUAAAGAGGUUAUAGCUUUUGUUUUUACUGAUGACACAGUAGUGGCAGUGCUAAGAUUCUACCUGAUCGUCAUCCAUUUGAAUGGAUUCCAGUAAAAUUUUAGAUUUGUAAUGGUGCACCAGUUGGCCCCAAUGGACUGUGUUCAUCAAACUAAUAAUAAUGCUAAAUGAGAUUUGAUCUUUUUCUUUUUCUUUCUCUGCAUCUUGUAUUACUACACACAGCCAAUAGAUCUGAGUCUGUGAUGAUAAAACUCGUUCUGGAAUUGUUUUGCUCAAUUGUAUUGUCUACAGUAAAUGCUUUGGGAUGCACUGGAACUGUAGUUGCAAGAUAUGAAAGGAAAUAUUAGCCUUAUACACACAUCCAUGCUCUGCAUGGCAAAUCUCUUGAUUAGCUUAUGCACUUGACCAAACAAGAACAGGACCUUUUGAUACCGACUGAUGAAAUGAUGGCAGAGGUUGCAGGGUUGAUUUAUGGAGGAGCAAAUCAACACAAGGUGUGAAAGAUCCCCUUGCUAGGCUUUACCUCCCCAUACUGACAACUGUUUUGAAGGAAAAGGAGACUUGAAAGUGCCAUCUAUAAGCAACAACUUAUAGAUUGGAAUGAUUAUUUGAAUUCCAAUGGAUUCUCCUUUUAUUUUUUUAAUUAAAAAUAAUAAUAAAAUUUUCAUGGUGGAACAGCCUUCUUUACAAAUUAUUGUACCUUUUGGGAAUAAGUUAGACAAUGGGAUGAAGGGGCCCUCAAAUAUUCUUUUCCGUCUUACUGAAGCAUGUCAGAAACCUGUUGGAACAUUUUAAUGUGUGUAUUUUCCCCAUCUUAUAGAUUAUGUAUAUUAUGUUUACUUUAAAAUAUUCAUACUCAGGUAAAUUCUACAGAAGAUUAAAAGUAAGAUAAAUUGCAGACAUGUGAGCCUUAAGCUUGAAUAAACAACUGUUAAAUGAUAGACUUGAGGCACACUGUGCUCUGUAUUUCCACAUGCCAAAAAAAUCCCAAAUAAAAUUACUACCUUUCAGCUGGCAUUUCAUCUUUA